AUGGCUGCGCUGCUCGUCUCUGCAAGCCCGAUGGGUAGCAACCCCUUCACCUCCACCGUCGUCGCGCUCACGAGCAAGAACUGGCGCGAGCUGGAGAGCUCUCCGUUCCUCUGGCUCGUCAAUCUGACGCCCAAGUGGGAGAAGCUGGCCGGCGAGCUGAAGAACCUGGUCAAGGUGGCCUACUGGGAUACCGAGGCGAACGGUGCCACGCCGCCUCUGCUUGGCCAGAUCAAAGGCACGCCCACGAUCAAGGCGUUUGUGCCGUCUCGAAAGUCGGUCAAGAACGCCAAGAAUGUGGAGGAGUACCAGCAGGCGAGGGAGGUCAAGGACCUCGUCCGGUUCGCGACGUCGCGGAUGCCAAACUUUGUGGAGCGCGUCAAGACAGCGCAGGAGCUUGAGGCGGCGCAGGCA